AUGUACGAUGCCUCACCGGACGCAAGGAGCAUCGACGGCGAAGAUUCGAGGCCACCGGCGCGGGAGAUGACUUGGAGUGCAGGCGACCUGGCGUCGGAGCUAAGGGGGCACGCACCGGGCAUGUGGCGAUCAGGCGACGGAGCGCGCACGAACGGAGAGCGUGACCGCGUGCAAGGAUUUGCGAAAGCUGCCAGGAGCGUGGCGGGGAAGGCGGGCGGCGGAUCUGGAGCCCGCGAAGGGCGACACGGCCGGCGAUUUUCCCAGGGCCCGGGGCCAUCGCCGAGAGCUGCCGGAACAAGAGGAUCCAAUUGUCCCGGAUCGAUGGGCGAAGGACGCGCCCUUCCAAAUGCCACGACGCCGCCACAUCCAGGAAAUAGAGCGGCCUCGCGAGGACGCGAGGCGCCCCUUAGGAAGCUCGAUUACAUACAGAAUAAUAUUAUAGUACCUGUUAUACAGGAAAUAUUAACUCUUUUAAGACCUCAGAGAUUAGAAGUCUUUCAAGAAACAGUUGUUCCUACACUGCCGAUUGACAAUGACGCACAACUUAAUGAAUUUGAGGAGUAUCUUUCUACUACUGAAAAUUAUAACAACAUGAAAUUAAAAUUUAAUCAUGUUGGAAUAAGUCAUGGUGCAGCGGGAACUACAAGAAAAAUACUGAAAAGUCUUAUUACUUCAAAACAUUUGUAUGUGAAAUUGAUGGUGAACAUGAUAAGGAAGACUAUGUUUACUGAGUGGGUGAACGAUUAUAAGAAGAGGAUGAAGAAUUAUGGAACGAAUCUUGUUGCGUCGCGAGAAGAGACUAUGAUAAGUCGUGCUGAAUCGCGUGAAUUAAUAUCUGCUGUGUCGGAAGAAGAUGACGACGAUGGUAUGCCGGCUUUGGUGCCUGCGGUAUGUGUUAGCGAAAAAUUGCAAUCUGUUGGACAUGGCGAUCUUGUUGCCUCAUCGUCUGCGCCGCCUGCUAAGCGAGGUGCUGUGAGUCUUGACGUGGAAUCCGUUGACAAAAUGAAGAGCAAGUCGUCUGGAGGUUUCGAUUCCUUGUUUGAUGUGCCGAUCGAGUCGUAUGGAAUUCAGCAAUAUGUAUCUAAAGUUGACAAUAAACCAGUCAGCUGGUCGCGUGGGCCUCCCGUACCGCCUGUGUCCGACAAUUUUGUGCAUAAAGCGAUUUCUUCAGAGUCAACACAAGUAAUUGAAGAUGCCAUUAAAGAUUGGUUGAAACAAGCCAAGACUAGAGUUAUGUCACGAUUAUUGGUUGAACCAAGCCAAGACUAGAGUUAUGUCAUAUUUUAUAAUCAUUUCCUUUAUU